UGUCUGGGUGUAUUCACUAGAUUCACUACUGCACUUUUCAGUACCUAAGAGGGAAAUCAGGAGAGCUUUCCAUCCAGUAUUUCUGUUCAACUUGACUGGCGUUUCAUAAGAGGAGGCUUAAUGGGGAGGUAACAGCAGUAGGGAACAGACUCACUCCCCUUCCUCCUUUUUGGCUCUGCAUCUCGGCUCUGAGAGGUCCGUCUAAGGCGUCCAUCUGCUCCUGGCAAGCACCACUCCAACACCUGUGAGCCAGAUGUAAACAGCUGCAUGCCCUAACUUUUGUGUGUUGCAAAUAUAAAAGGCAAGCCAUGUGACAGAGGGACAGAAGAACAAAGCAUUUGGAAGUAACAGGACCUCUUUUUAGCUCUCUGAAGAGUUGGAGGAAAGGAAGGAGCAGAGCAUUUGCCGAAGGAGCACUUUUAAUUUGCACUUUAUUAUUUAUCCAAACUUCUGGGAAGCUUUACUACGGACUGGACAGCACUGACUAUGGAUUAGACUAGAUUUAAUACACAUCCAUGAUUGGCUGAAGCCUAGGAGGAAAGCCGCGGUGUUUGCCUGUGCUGUAGCCCCGAGGGGUAUAUUUAGUAGGUAGCCUACCCCCUCGGCACGACAGAUCGUGCGGCAUGGCUGUGCAGGCAGUCAGUGGCGUGGGAGGAUGCUGCACGGGACCCCCUGGCCGCCCACUGCAGGACAGGGGGAGGCUUUCAGCACUCUGAAAUCCCAGCUUGCCGGGGCAAUUCUUCACUCUGCCUCGGUGUCAGGGGCGCAAGCAUAGCUGUUCUCUGCCUCUCUGGGGGAAAAGAGGAGUUUCGCUGUUAUGAGCCAAGUGAUAAAGUACCAGAGGAGUGUGAGUGCAAUCCCCCAGUGUGGAUACUGCUCCGAGAGAGCCCUGCUGUGGAAGAAAGCCCCAUCUCCCUGCUGAGAUUCAGCUACUCGGGAGAUUCUCUGAUGGAUUACAAUCUCAGUAAACUCUAACUCCAGAAGAAUGACAGCUAAGAGACUUAAACCAGACUUUUUGCUAUCCUGGAGAGGAACUGGGUCCCACGACUUGGAGUUUUUUUAAUACUCUACCUCCCUCUGCUGUUAUCACCGCGAAGUUCCUCAACAAUGGGAAAUCAUGUACUUGCAGCUUCUAUUUCCAUGCUCUCGCUCCUGGCAAUGAUGGGAGAUGCGGACAGUAAAACAGACAGUUCCUUCAUGAUCGACGCUGACCCCAGUCGCUGCAUGAGGCAUCACUAUGUGGACUCCAUCAGCCACCCCCUGUACAAGUGCAGCUCGAAGAUGGUGCUGCUGGCUCGCUGCGAAGGACGCUGCAGCCAGACGUCGCGCUCGGAGCCGAUGGUGUCUUUCAGCACCGUCCUAAAGCAGCCUUUCCGCUCCACCUGCCACUGCUGCCGGCCCCAGACCUCCAAGCUGAAAGCCAUGCGGCUGCGCUGCUCGGGUGGCAUGCGGCUCACCGCGACCUACCGCUACAUCCUCUCCUGCCACUGCGAGGAGUGCAACUCCUAG